CUUAAUACCCACAGGCACAGCCUCCUUUGCUGCGGCUGCUGCCUCGCCUGCAGCUAACACCUCUGUCGGUGCUGCUUUCCCUUGCAAGCAUUUUCUUACCACUCCAGCUGCCUCACACAGAGGCAGCUGUGUCUCUGCCUCUCCCUCCUUUAAAAGAAAAAAAAAACAACCUCUAAAAGUUCUCUAAAUCUACCUCUUGUGCAAGGUGGACGUGUGAUCACAGGUACCAAGGAAGCAGAUUUCCGCUCUGCCCCAGAGGGUUCCAAGGCAUUCCGGAGAUGAUGGCUACAGAAGAUGGCAGGAAUGUGAACAGCCUCAAGGAAGUGUGGAGCAGAAAAGAAAAUGCCUUGUGUGCAGAUUGUGAGGAACCUGACCCUGACUGGGCCUCCUAUACUUUGGGCGUCUUCCUCUGCUUAAACUGCUCAGGGAUUCAUCGCAACAUCUCUGGCAUCAGCAAAGUCAAGUCACUAAGGAUGGACCACUGGGAUGAAGGUCAGGUGCAGUUUUUGAUGCAACAUGGGAAUGCAGUAGCCAAGGCAACGUAUGAGGCCCAUGUUCCUAUGUACUAUUACCGCCCAGUCCACACUGAUUGCCAAGUCCUGAGAGAGCAGUGGGUACGAGCCAAAUACGAACGGAAAGAAUUCACGGAGCCAGGAAAACAUCCGCCAUAUUCCAAUGGAUUGAAGGAAGGGAUUCUGUGGAAGCGAGGCAGAGACAAUGGGCAGUAUCUUCCUCGCAGGUUUCUGCUGUCUGAGAGAGAGGGCUGUCUCAAGUAUUUUGUCAAACAGGAUGCCAAAGAACCAAAAGUAGUUGUUAAAAUUGACACUAUCAAUGCCACGUUCCAGCCGGAGAAGACAGGGAACCCAAAUGGCCUGCAGAUCACCUACCUGAAAGAGAACAAGACUCGCAACAUCUUCCUUUAUCAUGAGGAUGGGAAGGAAAUUGUGGACUGGUUCAAUGCGAUCCGCGCAGUACAAUUCCACUAUUUGAAGGUGGCCUUUCCUGUUGCCAGUGAUCAAGAGCUCAAAAGCCGGCUGACUCGGAAUUUCCUGAAAGAAGGCUACAUGGAGAAGACUGGGCCCAGGCAAAAGGAGUCUUUCAAGAAGCGCUGGUUCACUCUGGACCACCGAAGGCUGAUGUACUUCAAGGAUCCUAUGGAUGCUUUUGCGAAAGGUGAAGUGUUCAUAGGAAGUGAUGGGCAUGGAUAUGGUGUCCGGCAAGGGCUGCCAACUGGCACGCAGGGCACCUUCACCUGGCCGUAUGGCAUCACCAUUAUCACACCUGACCGGGAGUACCUCUUCACCUGUGAGACUGAGAGGGAGCAGCAAGAGUGGAUUGCAGCCUUCAGGCACGUUAUAGAGCAGCCCAUGACACCCCAGGAAUAUGCAAUUGAAGCUUAUUUCAAGCUGAAGCCCUAACAUCUUUGAAGAAGAGAGACUUGCUGCUUUUCUACUGGUUAUCUGCCCUCUUGGGAAACACAGGGUUAAAGAAGGCACCCUUUCUCAAAGAAGCUGCCAUGCUAUAUUCCAGUGCCUCGUGGUUGGGAUCCAUUUGGACAGCAGAGCUUUCUGCCAUUUUGAUCAGCAACGGAUCCAGAUGGAAAGCACAGGAGCUGAUGAACUGAGGCAUUAUUUGUCCUGUCCCACCAUAGGCCUGGCAGACUUGCUUUCUGUUGGUCACACUAUAUGCGGGGGCCCUCCUCCGUGGCUUACUACUGCUUGCUGCUGAUUGGCUGCUGCCUGUUCAAGGCUUCAACAGGAAGAUAGAAAAAACCACCCAUCAAAACAGCUGUGUGUAUACGUACCAAACUGAUGAGUAUUUUAUUUUGCUCCUGUUUUUGCUGCUGCCCCAUGUCUCUCACUCUCUGAUUAUUCUGAUGUCCUGGCUGCCAGGUUUCCCCACUUUGCUAUCUAUUCAAAUCUAUGAUAAACCUGCUAUCUUGACUUCAAGUUCCUGGCAGCCUGCAGCAGUACUUGUCUUUUGAGUUCAUAUUGUUGCCUCCAGUAGAAAAACGAGGACUGUCCUGAGUGCUGAGGCUGUUCUGGGUGGUCCAGUCAUGCAUGCCACUCCACUGCCUGUAACUUCUGUGUUUUCUAUUCAAAUGUAAUGAAAUUUCUACUUAUUUUCCCAAAGCAUCAGACCAGCCAAAUAAUUUCAUGCAGAUUGGUCAAAGGGUAUCAGUUUUAUAAGGCAUUGAAAAUAUCCUUGCAUAUCCUCCAAGGUACUCCUAGUUUUCAAUGGAGAACCAACCACCUAUUCCUCUGCUUGUAACUUGGCAUGAUAAUUUUGGUGUGUCUUUUUAAUAGACCCCAUUUUAUACUGACAGAUGCAUUGAUCUCUCUGCCUCUUGUCGUCUCCACAUCAACUUUCUGUGACCUGUAUAGGCUGCUCCAGACUGCUGUUUCUGUUUCUUCAUCCCAGCGGAAAUGAGUGAAAAAUAAUCAAAUGAAAGAUGUUUUUGUUGUUGUUCAGAACUCUUCAAUUUGAAUUCACAUAUGUUAUCCUAACUAAAACGAAUGAAACUAA